UUGCGCUACUUCCGGUUCCGGGUUGCCGGCGCGAGGGGGCUGAGCGGCCGGGGCGGCAGCGGCAGCGGCAGGAUGGGGCUGAGCGCGGAGGAUGCGGCGGAGCAGGAGGAUCGCUUCGAUGGCAUGCUCCUGGCCAUGGCCCAGCAGCACCAGGGCGGCGUGCGCGAGCUCGUCAAUACCUUCUUCAGCUUCCUGCGGCGCAAAACUGAUUUCUUCACUGGUGGGGAGGAUGGAGUAGCAGAGAAGCUGAUCACAGACACCUUCAAGCACCACAACAAGCUGGCCCAGAAGGAGAGGAAGGAGAGGAAGGCUCGGGAGGAGGCGGAGCGGCGCGAGAGGGCAGAGCGAGCGGCCAGGCUGGCCAGGGAGAAGCAGGAGGCCAGGGAGAAGCAGGAGGCCAAGGAGCCCAGGAUCAAGGAGCUCACAGAUGAGGAAGCAGAAAGGCUGCAGCUGGAAAUCAACCAGAAGAAGGAGGCCCAGGGGCAGCUGAAUGGUGUCCCAGGGAACAGCUCCAAGGAGGAAGGAGAAUCUCUGGAGUCCAGCAAAGAGGAAACAGAUGAUGAAGAGGAAGAUGAGAAGGACAAAGGAAAACUUAAACCCAACUCUGGCAAUGGAGCUGACCUUGCAAAUUACAGAUGGACACAGACCCUCUCCGAGCUGGAUCUGGCUGUGCCUUUCAGGGUGGGCUUCAGGCUGAAGGGGAAGGAUGUGCAGGUGGAGAUCCAGCGGCGGCACCUGCGGCUCGGCCUCAGGGGGCAGCCCCCGCUCAUCGACGGAGACCUCUUCAACGAGGUGAAGGUGGAGGAGAGCUCCUGGCUGAUUGAGGAUGGCCAGACAGUCACUGUGCACCUGGAGAAGAUCAACAAGAUGGAGUGGUGGAACAAAUUGGUCUCCACAGACCCCGAGAUCAACACCAAGAAAAUCAACCCAGAGAACUCCAAGCUCUCAGACCUGGACAGUGAGACCCGCAGCAUGGUGGAGAAGAUGAUGUAUGACCAGCAGCAGAAGUCCCUGGGGCUGCCCACCUCUGAUGAGCAGAAGAAGCAGGACAUCCUCAAGAAGUUCAUGGAGCAGCAUCCAGAAAUGGACUUCUCAAAGGCUAAAUUCAACUGAGGCCUCCCCUCCCCCCCCCUCCAGUCAGCCCCUGGGAGGGGGCAGGAGCUGCACUGUUGGAUGUCCCCCCCUGAGCACCCCACCCCAGCCUGCUGCAGAGGCAGCUCCAGGAGGUCCUCCUCACUUCUGUGUGGAGCAGAGCAGGAGGCCCCAGCCUGCAGCAGCUCCACUCAGAGCCAUCUGUGACCCUUCCCAAGGGGCAGCUGGGAGCCAGGGAGGGACUGGGGCCAAGGGAGAGGCUGAGGGCUGCCAGAGCCAGGCUGGAGAGGCCUGGGGACAGGUCCUGGAUGUGUCCCUGGGCUUCCUCUCCUGGCUCUUCAGAGCUGCUGAGCCUCUCCUUGCCCUUUCAGUGGGGCAGGACAGUGCCCCUGGGUUUGUGCUGCCUCUCUCUUGCCCUUGCUGCUCCCUCACUUGGUUUGGUAAAACAAUUCUCCUCCUGCCUCCUGGGGAAGGGCAGCACCAGCCUGAGCCCCCCAGGCCCUGCAGCACAGCCUCUGCUCCUGCUGGGA